AUGGAAAACCCAUUAAAAUCGGAGGAAAAGGCUGUGACUCCGGAGUCCGCAACGGCACCGAACGAGAAAGGUUAUGCAGAGUCCGGUGUGCAGCGAUCCGCUCUCAAGAGCUUCCUGAGGAUCUUUACCUUCGGACAGACACUCGACUAUAUCCUUGGUCUGAUCGGCCUGCUCGCUGCCAUCGGCUCAGGCGUUGCGUUGGCCAUGGUGAACCUCGUACUAGGAGACUUCAUGACGCUUCUCAGCGGCUCUACAGUUGGUUCUACCGUCUCCGACAAUUUCAUGUCCAAGGUCACCAAACUAUCUCUAUAUUUUGUCUACAUAGGGAUAGCGCGGUUUGGUUGUACGUAUAUAUACGCUGCGCUAUUCACGUACGUCGGCCAUAACCUGGUCCGAAACAUUCGAUAUCGUUACCUCCGUGCCGCACUGGGUCAAGAGACAGGGUACUUUGACCAGGGUGUUAGUGGCUCAAUCUCCAUGCAGGCCACGUCCAAUAAAAAACUCAUACAUUCAGGAAUCUCUGAAAAACUAGGCACUGUGAUCCAGUCUCUUGCUACAUUUGUCGCGGCUUUCAUUCUUGCAUUCGUGACUCAUUGGAAACUAACAUUGAUUAUUAUCUGCGUUGUUCCUGCGCUGGUCUUGGUUGUUGGAGGACUGUCGAUUAUUGAUGCUGUAAUCGAGUCAAAGAUUCUUAAAGUCUAUGCUCAAGCUGGCACAUACGUGGAAAAUAUUUUCAGCGGUAUUCGAGCUAUCCAUGCGUUUAACCUCCGACCUAGGGUUGUUCAGAGGUAUGCGCAAUACCUAGAUGAUGCCUACGGCUUGGGGAUGAAGAAGAGCGCCUUGUAUGGAUUCUUAUUUGGCGCGGAGUUCUUUAUAGUAUAUGCUGGAAUGGGUCUGGCAUUCUGGCAGGGGAUUCAGAUGCUUGCUCGGGGUGAUGUUUCGAACGUUGGAACCGUCUUCGCGGUGUUAUUUUCCGUCAUCAUCGCCGCAAGUACCAUCACCUCUAUUGCUCCUCAUUCGAUAACGUUUAGUCGUGCUGCCAGUGCUGCCACAGAGCUGUUUGUCCUCAUCGACCGGAAUUCGGAGAUCAAUCCAUUUGAUGAUUCAGGGGACAAGCCCGAGUUUACCUCCGGUGUCCUUGAGCUUGACCACAUAGGAUUCUGCUAUCCUAGCCGGCCUAGCGUUCGUGUUCUAGACGACUUCUCUCUGCAUAUUCCUGCGGGGAAAGUCACCGCUCUUGUUGGGGCGAGCGGCUCCGGAAAGAGUACAGUUGUGGGAUUGCUGGAACGAUGGUAUAAGGCCCAGACUGGUACUAUCCGGUUGGACGGUCAGAACAUAGAACAAUUGAAUUUGAAAUUGUUACGCACCAAUAUUCGGCUUGUGCAACAGGAACCAGUUCUCUUCAGCGGCAGUGUAUUCGAGAAUAUAGCUAAUGGCCUUAUCGGCACACCGUGGGAAACGGCUCCAUAUGAGACCCAGAAGCAGCGGGUGGAGGAAGCAGCGAGACUUGCAUUUGCGCAUGAUUUCAUUAUGAACCUUCCGGACGGCUACGACUCCCCUGUUGGUCAGAAGGGGGGUCUUCUGUCUGGUGGACAGAAACAGCGAAUUGCCAUUGCACGGAGUAUCGUCUCCGAACCGAAAGUUCUUCUAUUGGACGAAGCAACAAGCGCUCUGGACCCACACGCUGAGGCUCUUGUGCAACAGGCGUUGGAUCGUGCGUCUAAAAAUCGUACAACGAUUGUAAUUGCGCAUAAGUUGGCCACCAUCCGCAACGCCGACAAUAUUGUGGUGAUGUCAAAGGGAAAAAUCGUGGAACAGGGCCGGCAUGAGGAAUUAGUCGGCCGAGGCGGUACGUACGCGAACCUGGUCAAGGCACAGGAUCUCUCCACGGUACAGUCAACCGACAAGCCAGAUCACGACAUUGAUCAGGAGAUUUCUGAUGCGAGCUCCAAGUCUAUUCCGUCUAUGGAGACGUAUCAGACCGCCGUGGCGCGCGAAUUAGGUGAGAUACAGCAGCGGGAAGACUACAUUUUGUACAAAAAGACCGGUCUUCUCCGCAGCAUUGCGAGACUGGUGAGUACGAUGCCGACUCUGAAGUACUGGUACCUUGCCGCUCUCGCAUGUUGUGUGGCUGGAGCUGCCAUAUUCCCUGGCCAAGCAUUACUUUUGGGGAGUGUCAUGGAUAUCUUCUCGUCUCCAGACAUGGUCGGCAGAGGUAAUUUUAUUGCUCUGAUGUAUUUCGUCAUGUCUUUGGGCUGCCUCACAGUCUACUUCGGGCUGGGUUGGUCUACCAAUGUGGUCGCGCAGUCUAUUAGUAAAACAUUUCGAUAUCAGAUUCUUGAUUCCAUUCUUAAACAAGACCUCCGGUUCUUUGAUCGACAUGAAAACUCCGUGGGGGCACUAACCGAGCGACUUGAUUCUUUCCCCCAGGCAGUUCUCGAACUGAUGGGCUUUAACGUUGGUUUGGUUAUCAUGUCCACUAUCAACGUGCUUGCCUGUACCAUUCUGUCUCUCGUUGUGUCCUGGAAACUAGGACUUAUGGCGGUCUUUGUUGGUUUACCUCCAAUGGUGCUGUCAGGGUAUGCGCGCAUUCGCCUCGAAACGAAAAUGGACACCGAUAUGGGCAAGAGAUUCUCACACAGUGCAUCGAUAGCCUCGGAGGCAGUGCUCGCUAUUCGUACCAUCACAUCUCUGGCGAUGGAAGAAUCAACUUUGAAGAAAUACACGAACGAGCUCGAUGCGGCGAUUCGCUCAUCUACCGCCCCGUUUUUCAUCAUGAUGAUACCGUAUGCCCUGACUCAGUCGAUCGAGUAUUUUAUCUUGGGCUUAGGAUUUUGGUGGGGUUCAAAGCUGAUAAACGAUGACGCUAUCAAUUUCUAUCAGUUUAUUGUGUCCUUCAUGGGCGUGUAUUUCUCGGGUCAGGCAGCGGGUCAGCUAUUCAGCUUCUCGAGCAGCUUCACGAAGGCAAAUGCAGCAGCAAACUAUUACUUUUGGAUAAAAAACCUCCAGCCCUUGAUCCAGGAGACGGACGAAAACCGGGACAACCGUCCUCCUAAAGACUGGCAAUCCAUCAACUUCCAGGACGUUGUCUUCUCAUACCCCCUCGCACCGGACACCCGUGUCCUGAAUGGCAUAUCUCUGAACAUUGGAAGAGGCCAAUUUGUAGCAUUCGUCGGAGCCUCCGGCUGCGGCAAAAGCACGAUGAUCUCUCUCCUUGAACGCUACUACGACCCGAGCCACGGCAUCAUCACCAUCAACUCCGCCCCUCUCCCAAAUCUAAACCCUAUCGCCUACAGAAGCCAAAUCGCCCUCGUCCAACAGGAGCUUACUCUGUUUCCCGGCACGAUCCUCGAGAAUAUCUCGCAUGGUCUUGACAUCUCAUCCACAGUCGCAUCGCCGCCUGCUCUAGCGCAAAUUGAAGCCGCUUGCCGUGCCGCCAAUAUCUGGGAAUUCGUCUCCUCCCUGCCUGACGGACUCCACACUCCCUGCGGCACGAGCGGAAGCCAGCUCUCGGGCGGUCAGCGUCAGCGGAUUGCGAUAGCAAGGGCUUUGAUUCGGAAUCCGAAAGUUAUACUGCUUGAUGAGGCGACAAGUGCGCUGGAUACAGAGUCGGAAAGGGUUGUUCAGGCUGCACUGAUGCAAGCUGCUAUGGAUGGAGAGAGGAUUACGGUUGCUGUUGCGCACCGGCUGUCGACGGUGAAAGACGCGGACUGUAUUUUUGUGCUUUUGGGGGGCAGGGUUGUGGAGGUGGGGAGGCAUAGGGAGUUGGUUCGGUUGGCGGGCAUUUAUGCGGGGAUGUGUGAGGCGCAGAGGCUGGAUUUGGGGUAG